GACCACCACCGCAGCAAUCGACUGGGCCCAGACCACCUCAUCUUCGUGUGCGUGUUCCGAGGCCUGAAAGCUUUGACGACCCCCACUGCGGCUACAAGGACACAGCCGACCUUUUCCGAUUCUCACCACGACCACAAUAGGGAGCCUUAUCGGCAAGUCGACGUAAUGCCUCGACCAGUAGCAUCAACGCCCCACUUGGUGUGGGCUGCGGGGCACUUCUUCACCCUGUUGGCGGGCCUGAGAUAUCUGCUCGGAACCAUCACCUUUGCGACUAGUGGAGGCGGACUGAGCGCGUGGUACAGGAUUGCCUACCUAGGCGCUAUUGUCAGCUAUGGAGUGGUAGUAUAUAAGAGCUUCGGGGUACCGCAAGCCAACAAAGCAUACAUCCAACGCGCACUCAUGGACGAGAAUGUGCAGUACCUCUUUCUCGCGCUGUACUGGUGGUUCACUCAACCGAUCUUCAUCACCCUGGUCCCCUACACAACCUUCUCUCUCUUUCACGUCCUUACCUUCACGCGGACGACUGUGAUUCCAAUGGUGUUUCCCACAUCUCCGGCUGCUUCAAGAGCAGAAGGCGCAUCUGAACCAAUUGGCUUCCCCACAAAAGUCAGCAAGAUGAUACAGGGCUGGGUCAAGCAGAAUUACGACCCCGCCAUGCGCUUCGUAGCCUACUCUGAAGUUCUCGUCUUCGCUCGUGUCACCUUUGGGGCCAUCUUGCUUCGCAACAGUCUGCUGGCUCCGCUCUUCUACGCGCACUUCUGCAGGCUGCGUUUUUACAUGAGCUCUUUCACCCGGGAUGCUUUCCAGCACGUGUCCAGCGAGCUUGAUAAGGCCACAGCAAAUCCAAGCUGCCCGGAGCUUGUCCGCAGAGCUUACUUGAUGGGAACUGACUUGAUCUCGCGCUACGCCUCGACUGUUCUGAACUUGCAGAACCAGGCAGCACCAGCAGCUGGAGGGACACGUCCCGCGGCAGCUGGUGGUGCGACCGCACAGUGAACACUUCAGUCACCAUACAAGCCGUGGAUUUCGUCAGAGCGCAUACAUGCACUCGAUCGAGUCUAGACCCUCGAGUCAUCAGAGUCACAACAAGCCUGGCUCGGGCGAUGUGCCUAGAGGAAAGAGUACACCUCGCUCGAUUGCCUCCACGCUCUCACUUGGACUCCUGCAGAGCAAGCGGAAGUCUCCUUGCGAGCCGAACCUGUAUCACUAUGCCACCAUUUUCAAAGCAAGGGUCGAACACAAAGUCAGGCAUCGCUGUCUCGGCGCUUUCGAGCUUCUUUUCCUUUCAAAAAAUGAAAUCUUUCGUUCCCGC